AUGGCGGACACUGCCGCGGCGGCAGCAGCACCAGCAACCACGACUGCGACUGCUACAUCCACAGCGUCUCCAGCAUCACCCAAGGGCCCGGCCUCUCCCAGGAGCCCUACGAAAAGUGCAACGCCGGAAGGAGAAGGGCUUGGUUCCGAACAACAGAUCGAAGCGGCCGAUGACUUAGAGGAGCCGGAUGACAAUGAUGACGCCAACUCGGCAGUCGGCAGCUCAAUACAAUCAUCCACCGGCUCAUUGACCGAAAGUAUCUACGCUUACCGCGUACUACACGGCAGAACGUUUAAUGCCCCCAAGACAUCUGAGUACUGGUGUCCAAAUGACGAGCAACAAAAUGAGGGUCUCGACUUACUGCACAAUGCCGCCUUGAUGGUUUUGAACGACGAACUGUUCCUGGCGCCAAUCGGCGAAAAUCCACAGAAGGUGCUCGAUGUCGGAACGGGAACUGGAAUAUGGGCAAUCGAUUUCGCAGAUGUGUAUCCAGCGGCAGAGGUGAUAGGAACCGAUCUCAGCCCCAUACAACCAGCUUGGAUGCCUCCAAAUGUCAAGUUCGAGAUAGAUGACUGCCUCCUCGAUUGGACGUGGCCGGAGAACCAUUUCGACUACAUCCACAUAAGGAUGCUUUACGGGAGCAUACCUGACUGGAACGACUUGUACAAAAAGGCCUUUAAACACCUGAAACCCGGCAAAUGGUUUGAGGAUGUCGAGUUCGAUGUGCGUAUACAAUCGGACCAUGCCGUCAUUCCGGAAGACCACAUGUUCAAUAGUUGGGCUGAGGCGUUCUAUGAGGCUGGCGACAAAUUGGGGCGCUCCUUUCGUAUCGCUUAUGACGGCACUCUGAAGAAGGCUAUGGAGGAAGCCGGCUUUGUCGAUAUUCAUGAAGUGAAGGUCAAGAUGCCAUGCCAUGGCUGGCCACGAGAUCCCAAACUACAACAGGCGGGCUUGCUAAUGUUCGCAAUGCUGGAUCAGAGUCUUGAAGGAUUCUGCCUGUAUUUGUUCAGCAAAGCACUCGGUUGGACAGCGGAAGAAAUCCUUCUAUUCGUGGCUAAAUAUAGAGCCGAGUUAAAGAAGAAGAGCCUGUGCGGUUGGCUGCAAGUGACCGUUGUAUAUGGGCGAAAGCCAGAAAUUGGAGAGUAA